CCAAAAUCAAUGAUCAUCAGCAAGUUGAUCUUGUUGCCGCCAACGAAAUACAAAGACCGCUUACUAAUUUCAAAUCACUAUAUUUGCAUCAAUAGCAGUCACACCACCGAGAGAAUGAACGAGAUUGGUAUCAAAAGAAGACCCAUGGCAACAGCUUUUCCUAGAUCAAACAGUAACGUCUUGUCGAUAGUGGCUCUCUUUGCCGUUUUGGUUUCGUUUUCUAUAAUAUACCCAACACAUUCUUACAUAAUUCCUCGGCAUAGUCUGUCGUCGUGCAAAAUAAAUGAAGCAGCGAUAGACACAGCAUAUACGGUGCGAAGGAUACAUCACAGUAAAAGCACUGUCAGAAUUGAUCCUUCCACUCGAUUGCACUUGUCCUACCAGCCACAAUCACCUGAAGACGGGAAGGAAGCAAAUACCGGCAGCAAAGCCAACGGUACAACGGCCGAUUCCAACACCAAGGAUGACAGAGAGCCAACCCUUUACGAGAUAUUAGGAGCUUCCAGAACUGCAACCCGGAGCGAACUCAAACAGCAGUACGUCAAACUUGCUCGGGUCUCCCACCCGGACGCUCAAAUCGGAGGAACAGGAUCGACGGAAAACGACGUCGACUUUCAAAAGGUUGCAGAAGCCUGGAGAACUCUCGGAAAUGCCAAGUUUCGAAAACGAUACGAUCGGGAAUUGAAGGCCAAGGAAUGGGGAGAAAAAGCCCAGCGCUUCACCAACGAAGGUCUAGAACAGGUAGCUCCGGUUGCUUCGAAAAUUAUGGACAACGUGGCGGUACCAUUCCUCCGGAGAACGUCGGCCACUAUCGCCUUCGGAAAGAACAUAGCUAGUAACUUACGAUCGAUAUCGCAGACAGAAUCCGAUUUGCCAACGCCAACGACACCUCCUCAACAACCGUCAGCAACAAUCGAAACGGAAGAAAACGACGCAAUGGCAAACGAACAAGAAGUCAAGCAAGCAAUAGCGAAUACGAAUACGAAUAGUGGUAUCGAUGUGGACGAGACUGACAGAAAGCUUACUGAACUUAAUGUCAACCAAGAUAUAACCGAAGACGUCGUAAAUGGUAACCAAGAGAUAACGGAAGAUGUCGUUAAGAAUUCUGUUUCAGAGCAGAAGAAUGAUGUCGAUACUAUUACUCAAGAUGUUGACAAUGCUGAAUUUGACGUGGACUCAUUUAUCGCAACUACCAUAGAGGCAGGAAAACGGGCAGGCAAAUCGCCCAUAGACACGUCAAACGACCUGAAUGACAAAUCAUUAGAACUUGAAUAUCGGUAAGUUUGUUGUUUUCUGAAUGCCUCUGACAUCUGGCAAUGAAGAACACGUACCUCAUUCUCCGGAUUUUGUGAUUCGAAAAAAAUCUGCCACAAAUAACUUCGUUUCUACAAACGCAGAGCAAAAGAGGAGGAAGAAAAGGCAAAAUACAUUUCUGAAGAACUGGAUUCAGUAAAGAAACAACGGAUAUUUGGCACGCUUCAAUCAUCUGAACUGACCCUGACUAGUAAAGAAGCCGAAGAAGUGUUGGAAGAAUUGAGUAGCGAAGACGCAGUUUCAUUUGUUAGCCGGGACAUGAAAAAGGCAGCGAUCGAGAAAGAGAUCCAAUCCUUGCGCAAUACCGAGAACCAAUUCACGGAAAACUUAGAAACUUACAAUAAGAUCGACCGUGAAUGGAGUGUUUGGCUGACUAAGCAAGAAGAAGCAAAAAAGAACCUUUCAGAGAAAAGAAAAGAAGAGAUCGAGGCGCGGAAGGCCUUUGACAAUGCACAACAAAUGGUGGUCAAAGCUAAGGAUGACAUGGUAUCUGCAUCGAAUACAUUGCGUGGAGUCGAGCAAGAAGUUCGAAAGAGUGCCGAGGAAAUGGACCGCGUCUCCACCACGUUAUCUAAGAAACAAGAGCGGGUGAGAAAUGCACUUCGUCGAAAGACAGAACUGAUGAAAGGGGGAAUUCACGUCGAAUAUAUUACGGAACAAGAAGUUAUGUCGCUGAGAAGAAAAGAAAUCCAGCUUAUGGGUGAGUCACAACAGAUCGCGACUAUGGUAGCUCGACUACAAUCAAGAGCAGACAAAUUAAAGAAGCGAGCUGAGUUACUGGAGCAAUCGAAAAAGUAGAUUUGCAGCAUGAAUAUAGCUUUGUCGCUUCUUAAAUACAAUUUCGACACUGGGGCACUCUUAUCAUUCAUAGUAAUAAUAACUUUCCAAAGAU